CAAAUUUGGGAUCGACCCUUCCCCGCCACAACCCCACAGCCUCACAUCAUCACAUCCGGUUUGUGGGAGGCUUGUGUCAACGAGAAACAAGAUCCUUUGGAAGCAAAUCAUGCGGCCAGGAAGAGGACAAAUACUUCAUCUCAUUCCACAAUGUGUGGCUAUCAUAGUUCUCAUUCUACAUCAGCUCACUCAAAACAAUGGUGUCCUGGCGUUCGCUACUAAAAAUCCAUCAGGAUACGCCUUCAAUCAGCGUCAACAACGAUGUAAUCACUUCCGACACUGCAACUUGCUUGCCACAUCAGCAAAGUACGAAAAAGUGUCCCCUCUCUUUGCCACGAAGAUAGAGGAUAUUUUUUAUGCUACCACCACCAACAGCACUGCGCGUGAGAGCAUUCAGAAACCAUCAGAGAGCAAGCAAGCAGAGUCACAUUUGGAAAAUGAUGCCAAUCUCAGCACAUUUGCAGUCAACAAUCCAACUUGGGAUCAGAACAUUGCAGCACUGCUAGAAUACAAAAAGAUCAAUGGCACAGUCAACAUCCCUGAAACUUCAAAAGAGUAUCCCAAUCUAGCAUUAUGGAUCUGGUGUCUGAGGAAACAAAAGGGGCGACUGGUACAGAAACAGAUUGCUCAGCUAGACAGUAUUGGAUUCCUAUGGACGGAUGCUCAUGUGGACAAGAAUGACAGACAGUGGAUGGCAAUGUUUGAGGAGCUGGAGGAAUACAAGGCAAUUAAUGGACACUGCAGAGUACCUGUCAAACAAGGCAAACUAGGUGGAUGGGUCAAAACACAACGUCGUCUGUACACUAUGGGCAAUUUCAGGAGAGAUAGACAAGAACUGCUAGAAUCCAUUGGCUUUGAGUGGAGGCUAAAAAGGUUUGUCGAGGUAAAGAAACCAGAACAUGAAACAUUGUGGAAUUUCCAAUAUGCUGCACUUUGUAAGUUCAAGGAACAGCAUGGUCACACCCGCGUUCCGCGACCAUAUCCAGAAAACAAAGAACUUGGUUGGUGGGUCAACAAUCAGCGGAUGAGAAGCAAAGAUGGCACCUUGCGUCCUGACCGGAAAGAAAAACUUGACAAAAUUGGGUUUGUUUGGGACUUUGACGAGAUUUUUGAAAAAUCUUGGCUGGAAAGCUAUGAGGAGCUGAAGCAGGGUAAUUCCAAGAAGCUUGCUUUGGGUAGUUCACUUCUUUCGUGGGCAUUCGAUCAAAGGGCGCUGUAUGCCAAGGAUUCACUUGGUUCAGAGAGAAAGGCAAUGCUGGAUGAAAUUGGCUUUGAAUGGUGGGAACUACCAGCAGGGGAGCGCAUGGACGGAGAAUAAUAAUAUAGAGGCAAUGAAACCAAGCGGAGCACUGAUAUACAUUUUGUUUUGAAAUUGCAUUGG